ACGAAGUGCCUCCUUCCUCCUUCUCGAACUGACUGAAGACUGAAGUUAGUUCUUCUGCCUCUAUCCAUUCCUAGGAAGAAUGCUGUCUGCCUGCGGUCAACCAGGCUGCAAGUCUCGACGGGAAGGGAUCUGUAGGCGUUAGCCUUUGGGUAAUCCUGAAAUAAAGAUUAUUAUUAUUAUUAUCUACAAGGGCAGACUUCCUUUGCGAUCCUGAUGAAGGAAAGCUGGAGACCAUUGCACAUGCAUGUAGUUCUUCCAAGUUCUUGCUCGAUUGGACAUGGACUACGCGAGAGAAAAUUUGCCGGGGAGUGUCGGCAGUGCAUCCUCCCGUCGCUUCUCCCCAUAUCGACGGUGGAAUGCAGAUCCACGUGAUUCUUCGUCUGGAUGUAGCAGUGGAACACAUCGUCCUUCUUCAAGAGCCCAGAUGACCCACGAUCCUGCUGAGCCGUUGGAUGAUGAUGGCAUCAUGUCUGCAGCUGACAUAGCAGAAAUACAGACCGGGCAGGCUCUUGAGCUUGAUGGAGAUGACAAUGAGCAAAUGGAAGAGGUCUACUUGAGCAUACUGUGCACGGGCGGAAAGCUUGGUGCAGCAGUGUUUGAUACUACCACACUGCAGCUGAGGGUCUUCACUGAUGUUGCAGAGGACGCUGAUCAUGCCUGCAUGCAAGGAAUUUUAACACAGGUCAAGCCAACAACCGUCAUCUGCAGCUCCAAGCAGGAUGAGAAUAUUCAGCGCUACUUGAAAGACCUGAAAGUCAAGCUGGAUGUGUUGCCAAGUAUUGACUUUGGAUUGCAAGCAAGCAAGCGCCGCCUGAUGACACUAACCACACUGCCAGGCUUGAAAGAUGACAUGACUGAAGAUGAAAGGAUGAUCUACAUGACAUCACUAGUCCCCAUGGACAAUAUCAACAUGGUACAGGCAAGUGGUGCUCUGAUCAAGUACUUGGAUCGAAAGAGAGUCGGCGUGGAGCUGGAUGACCCACACAUUCCCGUACCCAUUAUGUCCCUUAAGGUUUGUUCUGUGGGUGCAGCAAUGUUCGUGGAUAACAACUCCUUCCGGGCAUUGCAGAUCUUCAGCAAUGAGACCCAUCCAUCCGUGUACAAGUCGGGAGGAGGCAAAGAAGGAUUGUCUAUGUUCGGUAUAAUGAACAGAACAAGGACCACAAUCGGGAUGAAGAAACUCAGGAGCUGGUUUCUACGCCCACUCUGCAACAUUACAACUCUUACUGAACGCCAGCAGGCGAUCGACUUCAUGGUGCAACCGAGAAAUGAAGAAGUGGUCCAGUCUCUCCUUUCCUGCCUCAAGCAUAUCAAAGCCAUACCGAGAAUCCUGGCGAAAAUGAAGUCGGCAAGUGGAUCAGUGAGCGAGUGGCAAGCAUUGUAUAAGACUGCAUACAAUGCACUACAGAUUGGCGACCUAUGCAGGCAGCUACCUGAGCAGAUACCCAUUUUCAAGAAGAUCGCAAAUGCAUUCACUCAGAACCUCUACGAAAUAGCCAGUUUAAUAAGCAAGGUGGUGGAUUUUCGACAGUCUGUUGACCAAAACCGAUUUGUAGUAAAGCCUGGUGUGGACCCACAGCUUGACGAGAAGAAGAACACGUACAAUGGCCUACCAGACUUCAUGACAGUGGUAGCUGAGCAAGAGCUUGCACAGCUUGACAGUAGCAUCACAGAGUGCAGUGUGAUCUACCUGCCGCAGCUGGGCUAUCUUCUAUCCAUUCCACUACCCGGUGGUGCCACAGAGGAGGACAACUUUGACAUUGAUGGAUUGGAGUUCAUGUUUCUCUCCAAUGGCACAGCCCAUUACAAGAGUCCAAGUACAAGAGAACUGGAUGUCCUGCUUGGAGAUACACAGUGUGAAAUAAUAGAUCAAGAGACAGCAAUAAUGCACCAGCUGCAGUCAGUGAUACUAGAGCACAGUGGGACACUUCUCGAUGUCAUGGAGUACGCAGCAGAUCUUGACUGCCUUCUGUCGCUGGCUCAGUGCGCAAAGGAAGGCGGUUUUGUGAAACCAGAGCUGACCGAAGACAACAUGCUUCAAAUCAAGGCAGGCAGACAUCCACUGCAGGAGCUGUGUGUAGAUCAAUUCGUCCCAAACGACACAACCAUCGAAGAGCGUGCCGGCAGAAUCAAAGUCCUGACGGGUCCCAAUGCCAGUGGAAAAAGUGUCUAUUUGAAGCAAGUUGGUCUUAUAGUGUUCUUGGCACACAUCGGCAGCUUUGUACCCGCUGAUUCGGCAGUGGUUGGCUUACGCGAUAGACUUUUCACACGGAUCGCCACCCUGGAGACGGUGUCUGUCAAUCUGUCCACAUUCAUGCUGGAUGUAAACCAGGUGGCAGCCGCAGUUCAAGGAAGCAGUAAGCAUUCUCUGGUAAUCAUUGAUGAGUUCGGAAAAGGUACAGCAACGAUGGAUGGAGUGAGUCUCUUCUGUGCUGUGAUACGACACUGGGCCGACAAGGGUCCGGACUGUCCCAUGGUGCUGUCAUCCACACAUUUCCACAAUGUCAUUCGGCAGGGAUUCCUUCCGUCAACACCUCUUCUUCAGUUUCAGAUGAUGGAUACAAUAAUGGAUGGAGAUGAUGUGGUCUUCCUUCAUCAGCUAGUGGAUGGAGUGACACGCAGAAGCCAUGCUUUGCACAUUGCCACUGUAGCUGGACUGUCACCAGGAAUCAUCGAGAGGAGUGCCGAGGUGUCUAACCUUAUCAACGCCGGCAAGGAAGUACGCCCGGUGAGCUGCAAGCAGUCGCAGCAGGAGUUCUCCCGGUUGUCAGACAUUGUUGACAGGUUCUUGCAGUUGGACUUGGAAACAGCAGACAUUGGCUCGUAUCUCAAGAGCAUAGCCACAGUGGACGGCUCGUGAUUAGAGUGGACGCAUUCGUUGGAUGGAGCGUAUCUUCAUCUGCAGAUUGCAUAACGAAUUCAUAACUGGCAUCAACUCAAUACGGUCCACGCUCAACGUAUGUACAUCUAGAGAAGAGCAGUUCCUGAUAUGGUUGCAUCACACGACUCACACCCCAAGACUUCAAUGGCCACCUCCAGCCAGUCCCACUGACAGGAAAGUGUCCAGUGUCCACAGCAAGAAUGCAUGCUAUACCUCAUUUAGGUGACUACACUGCACUACAUGAUUGUACUAGUACAUUGUACGUAGCAUGACUGAGCUACAGCCGUAACAGGUGCAUACAGCACGCACUUUGUAACCACACAUCAGAGGCUCCGCUCCGUGUAACACUGUAGUGGCCCUACAUUCUCACUGCAUGAAUACCACCACAGCGUUACAUUUCACUUCACCUCUUCAUGCAAUUAUUAUGAUUAUGCAUCAGAACAGAGUUCCUUGUAGACUAUAAUCGUCAUUAUUCAUCAAGCGAUGCCUCAUAUCCAUUCUCCAACGUAUUCUGGGAAUUAUCCAAAAUUGAAGUUCACAGUAAUGUGGGAGUUCACAUGCCCCAUGCUUUGUCGCAAUGCUGCUCACCAUGAUUUCCAAGUUUUCAUUAUAUCCUUCACAUCUCAGGCCAUGUCUAAAAUGUGACAGCCACAGGGCGCAGCCCACUACAGUGUGUUUCAAAACCAGCAUCUAUACCACAUAAAAUCUGUGAUUACUUUGUGCAUAAAAAUCUCAAAAUUGGCCAUUUGCUAUCCGAUCGCUUAUUAAAUCUAU